AUGCCGAACGCGAGAGCUUCUGUCCAAAACUCCGGCGAUCAGGAUCUGAGUGCAGAUGAGCUCUGGUCUGGUGCGGAGAGCGAGACGAAUAACCGUCCUGCUCGGAAUGGUUCAAAUGGGCUGAAACGAAAGCGUCCGCUUAUUGUGUCAUGCGAGCUGUGCAAGCUGAGAAAAGUCAAAUGCGAUCGAGCACAGCCUAGCUGUGGCUGGUGUACUCGCAAUGGUCAAUUGUGCGAAUACAAAGAGAGAAAGAAACCUGGCCUCCGGGCAGGGUAUGGAAAGGAGCUAGAACAGCGGCUGGACAGGUUGGAAAAGACCAUUCAGUCUCAAGGCCGUCUUAUUGAAACACACAUUCUUCAAAAUCCACGGUUGCUCCCUGAUCUGCCUCAAGCUGGCUCUUUCCCCUAUAGUUCCCCUUCGGAGCCUUCUGCUGCCCACAACCCAAGCCCGCGCAAUGACUUGUUCAAAGAGCCGUCUUCUGUGCCGGCUCAUCCUUCUCAAGAUACCCCAAUCCUCGGCCAGCAUGACUACACGGACAAUGAUUCAUCAUUGAAUGUGCCGGUAAAUUUGUUCUCAAAUCAAGCGCGUUCUUUCGCAGAUCCCGAACUAGAACUUCCACCAUACGACUUGCUGUAUGCACUGGUUGAUCUCUACUUUGAGCACGUCAAUCCAUGGUGCCCGAUCCUUCAUCGCCGAACGACCUUGGACAACUUCUUUGGACUAUCGCCGCUAGCCGAAGAAGACCGCAUGGUCCUCUAUGCUAUAGUUGCAACAACACUCCGAUUCUCUACAGACGCUCGCCUCAACGAACAAAACAGGAAGCAGUACCAUGACUCGUCCAAACAAAAGGUACUUCUCUAUGGUCUGGAGAACUCGUCCGUCAAGGCACUUCAGGCUCUGGUAAUCUUAGCUCUUGACUUAGUUGGCUCAUCUAAUGGUCCUCCUGGAUGGAAACUUCUCGCUCUCAUAACUCGGUCCGUCGUUCAACUGGGCCUGGCGGUUGAGCCCAAGUCUCGUCUUGUCUCCCCUGUUUACCCUUCUAUAUAUACCCUGAGAGCAGUGGUUCUUCCGGAACCGGAUUCAUGGAUCGAAGAGGAAGGAAGACGCCGACUGUUUUGGAUGGUAUAUCUUUUGGAUCGAUACUCCACUAUAGCAACGGCUUUUGAUUUUGCCUUGGAUGACAAGGAUAUCGACCGCAAGCUUCCGUGCAAGGACGAAUAUUUUGUCAAGAAUCAGCCGGUGGAAACGAGAUGGUUCCGCCAUUUUAACAACCGAACCGACUAUAUGAAUCGUGCGGAGAAUGUCGGAUUUUUGGGCCUCUAUGUCGAGAUACUAGGCAUUCUCUCCCGUAUUCAUCGCUUCUUAAAACGACCCGUGGAUAUCGGGUCAUUGUCCGAUGUUGAAGAGUGGCAAGCAACAUAUCGAAAGCUUGACAGUGAGUUAACAUCAUGGGAGUUCAAUCUCCCUGCCGAAUAUGCAUAUGAGAACUCGUCUCGACUCUUCAGCGGAUCAAAGCAUGCUCGGGCUCUACAAUGUGACUGGGUGCAACUCCAUGCCGCAUACCAAACAGCCGUGAUCCGCCUCCAUUCAUCCGCCGCCUACCCAACAACCCGCUCCCCAAUCUUCACCCCAUCAUACAGCGCCAGUCAACGAUGUCUCCUAGCAGUCGACAACAUCCUUUCCGUAACCCGCCUAGUAGUCAACAACAAACUCCUCGACAAACUCGGCCCCCCAUUCGCCUUCACUCUCUGGGUCUCAGCCCGCCUCCUGCUCGUUCACGGCUCCACCAUCGCGCACACAGUCAGCCCCGAUUUCACCUUCUUUGUCGACACGCUUGCCCAAAUGGGCAUGCACUGGAAGGUAGCAGAGCGUUACAGUUCGAUCCUACACCGCGUACUAGACGAGUACGGCGAGUACCAGCAAUCCGGCGCAAUGGAUAGUGAACGCGCCACUCCAUCUACGGUGAAGAUACUAGCAGAUAUGCGUCGCUGCGCGUUCGAUCUGGAUUUCCUCAUUUCGCGACAACCGCGCUCGUCGCCCGCUAGUAGCAGCCAACCACCUAUGUCAUCAGCCGCCGGGCCCUUGCGGAAUCUCGCGCCAAAUGAGCUGGAAUAUCUAGACGUCUUUGGUUUCUUUAAUGUACCCCGUGUACCUCCCACGCGGGCUCUGGAUAUAGCCAGUCUCGACGUUGAGGGAACAGGAAGCAAUAACCCAUCACCUAUGCAUGGGUUAACUGGGGGAGCGACGGAUCCUGCAGAUGCAGUCGUGGAUGGUCAUUCAUCUAACAUGAAUGAUCUUAAUAUCACGAAUUAUCUUAUUCCGACUCCCGAGACUGAUUGGUUAUUCCGGCAGACGAGAUGA